AUGGUUACAGCCUCCCCUUUUGUCACCAAAGCAAAGCAACUGCGUCUGCGCAGAGAUGACUUCGAGAUUUUGAAGGUGAUUGGGCGAGGGGCGUUCGGAGAGGUAGCAGUUGUGAGGAUGAAAGAGACAGAGAAGGUUUAUGCCAUGAAGAUUCUGCACAAAUGGGAGAUGCUGAAGAGAGCAGAGACCGCUUGCUUCCGGGAGGAGCGAGACGUGCUGGUUCAUGGGGACAGACAGUGGAUCACCACUUUGCACUAUGCCUUCCAGGACGAUCACUACCUGUAUUUGGUAAUGGAUUACUAUGCAGGUGGAGACCUGCUGACCCUCCUCAGCAAGUUUGAAGACCGCCUCCCUGAAGACAUGGCUUGUUUCUACCUGGCCGAGAUGGUCCUGGCGAUCGACUCCCUCCACCAGCUUCAAUAUGUCCACAGGGACAUCAAACCGGACAACAUCCUCAUCGACACAAACGGGCACAUCCGGCUGGCCGAUUUUGGUUCUUGCCUACGUUUACGUCCAGAUGGCACAGUGAUCUCUUCGGUGGCUGUGGGAACCCCUGACUACAUCUCCCCAGAGAUCUUGCAAGCCAUGGAGGACAGAAAAGGAAAAUAUGGCCCAGAAUGUGACUGGUGGUCCCUGGGGGUCUGUAUGUAUGAGCUGCUUUUUGGCGAGACUCCCUUCUAUGCUGAGUCUCUGGUGGAGACCUACGGGAAGAUCAUGAACCACGAGGACCAUCUGCAGUUCCCUCCAGACAUCACUGACGUCUCGGAGAGCGCCAAGGACCUCAUCCGAAAGCUCCUGUGCCACCAAGACUUGCGGCUGGGCCAGAAGGGCAUCCAGGACUUCAAGAGCCACCCCUUCUUUGAGGGGAUCAACUGGGACAACAUUCGCGACACCCCUCCACCCUUCUUGCCAGAGGUGGCCAGUCCCGCUGACACCUCCAACUUUGAUGUGGACGAUGAGACCCUUAAGGAGUCGGAGACACUCCCACCUGUAUCUCAUGCAGCGUUUUCUGGCCAUCAUCUACCAUUUGUUGGAUUUACCUUCACGUCUGGAAGCCUCCUGUUGGAGAAGCAGCCUGCAGCCUCUCCCUCCAGCACCUCUAGCACAGGGAAGCUGGAGAAGAAGAUCUGCCAUCUGGAACGGGAGAAGAUGGAGUUGAGCCAGAAGCUGCAAGAUGCUCUGGCAAAGGCACAUUUGAAGGCUCCAGCCAAGGACCUGGAGAUCAGAAGCCUCCAGAAUGAAAGGGCAGCCUUGCAGCAGCAGCUAGCAGGUAACGGUGGCCCACUUCUCCCCAACACACGGUCCUUCAUCAACUUGUCCGGCAAGACCUUACCUAGAGGCCUCACCUUCCUUCUGGGCUCCCAAGACCUGAGGACUAUCCUGCUCAUCGCCAUCAAGCUUACUGCCCUUCAGAAACCUAUUGAGACCAGGAGAGGCUCGAACCGGGAGCAUCCGCCUAUUACCCCCAUCACUACCUCGGAAUGCCUUGGGCCUCUCCCAACUGGUGCUUGCGCCUCUGCUUCACAGUUGGUUGCCAUCCAGAAGAACCAGCUGGAGACUGGGGCCUGCACCUUCUGUUCUUCUUUUCUGACAGAGAACCAGCUGGAGACUGACAGGGCCCAAAGGCAGCAGCUGGACAGGGUGGCAUCGGGGCAAGUGAAGACCUUGGAGGAGCGUGGCGUGUGUCUGGAGCAGGAAAAGAGUGAGGCCCUCCAGAUUUGUCAGUUAUGCCUCCUGUUGGAGAAGCAGCCUGCAGCCUCUCCCUCCAGCACCUCUAGCACAGGGAAGCUGGAGAAGAAGAUCUGCCAUCUGGAACGGGAGAAGAUGGAGUUGAGCCAGAAGCUGCAAGAUGCUCUGGCAAAGGCACAUUUGAAGACUCCAGCCAAGGACCUGGAGAUCAGAAGCCUCCAGAAUGAAAGGGCAGCCUUGCAGCAGCAGCUAGCAGAGAACCAGCUGGAGACUGACAGGGCCCAAAGGCAGCAGCUGGACAGGGUGGCAUCGGGGCAAGUGAAGACCUUGGAGGAGCGUGUGAAGUUUCUGGAACAGGAAAAGAGUGAGGCCCUCCAGGAUCUGGCCGAAGCCCAGGAGCAGCUUCGCGCUCAGGCCUGGGAGCUCCAGGAAGAACAGCUCCGGCAGAAGGAGACGGCCGAGGAACUGCGCAGCGCCGAGGCCAAGUGCGGGGAACUGCGGGCCCAGCUGUUGAGACACUCGAGGCAGCUGAGGGAGAGGCUGGAGGAGACGGAGGCAGCAGCGCGGCGGGUGGAGGGGCUGCGCAAGGAGCUUGCCCGCAGUGAAAGUGGACGCAAGGAGCUGGAAGCUCGGAUUGAGGGUUUGGUCAAUGAAGUCUCCAAGCAGCGGAAGGGGAAGGAGAGGUCUGAGCACCAGCUAAGGAGACUGAAGCAGGAGUUAGAAGACCUGAAAGGCAAACAGAGCACACCUCUCCUCCGUGGCUCCGGCUCCCGGCGGUCGGUGGAUGCCUCCUGCACCCCCAAGGAAGAGGUGCGGGGCUUACGGGAGCUGCUGAAAGCAAGGGAGAGGCAGCAGGAGGCGAUGCAGGCAGAGAUGGCUCAGCUUCGGGAGCAACUGGAGGCAGCCAGGGUUGAGAGGCGACAGAACCUUGAUCUGAAAGAGCAGAAUGUAGACAGGAGCCAGACCACCCUGCACUUACUGGACCAAGUGGGCUGCCUUGGCACUAACUGUCCGCAUCAUGAGCGAGAGUGGGCCGUCUCGGACGCAGAUAAGACAGCUGUUGGCAACUGGCAGAUGCAGAUUGCAGACCUCUUGCAGUGGGUGAGCGACGAGAAGGAGUCUCGGGGCUACCUGCAGGCCAUGGCCAACCGCAUGAUGGAAGAAGUGGAGGCUCUGAAGCAGGCGGGCUCCCAGAGCCCUGGACCAAAAACUCCAGACACCCUCUGGAAGGCUCGUCGACUUCAAAAGGUGGAGGCCUCCGCCAAGCUGGAGCUGCAGUCAGCACUGGAGGCCGAGAUCCGGGCCAAGCAGGGUGUUCAGGAGGAGCUGGAUAAACUGAAAGUGGCCCACGUGGCACUGGAGCGCCAGUUGCAGGAGGCAGAGAAGCUGAGCCGAGCUUUGCGCCUGGAGCUGGAGAAGACGAGAGGGGAGCUGAAGGCCCGGACUCUGGAAAGCAACAAGCACCAGGGACCUCUGAUUCCAUUCCUCUCCUUCCGAAGCAGCAACAAGGAUGCCAUUGCGUUUGGGGGCUUCACAGACCCUCCGGAGGCUUGGAAACCCACAGAUGAGGCCCAGCUGCAUCCCGAGGGGGGGAGGAGCCUGCGGUCCAACGCUCCCCAGUCUAUGUCUUCAAGCCAGGCAGUAAUACCCCCUUUGGAGAACACCACCGCUGGACCUCUCAUGCCAAAAUCGCACGCCUUCAGAGCCCACAGUUUCUCUUCGCCCACCAAGUGUAUGCGCUGCACAUCGCUGCUGGUUGGACUGGUCCGUCAGGGCUUGGUUUGUGAGGCCUGUAACUUUGUCUGCCAUGUUUCCUGUGCGGGAGGAGCCACCAUCUGUCCCAUGCCUCCUGAACAGCUGCAGAAAACAUUGGGGGUCAACCCAACCAAUGGGACUGGGACUGCCUUUGAGGGAUUCCUAUCGGUGCCCAAGCCUUCUGGAGUGAAGAAAGGCUGGCAGAGAGCUUUUGCGGUUGUCAGCAACUUCAAGAUUUUCCUGUUUGAUGUGCCAGAAGGGAAGACCUCACAGUGUGAUGUGGCCGUCAUGCACGUCACAGAUAUGAGGGACGAGCAGUUCUCGGUGGCCCCGGUGCUGGCCUCAGACGUCAUACAUGCCAACAGCAAAGAUGUGCCCUGCAUAUUCCGGGUCACGUCUUCUCAGCUGAGCUCCCCUCACACGACGAGUUCAACGCUUUUCUUGGCGGACAGCGAGGCCGAGAUGAGGAAGUGGGUGCAGGUGCUGACCGAGCUCCACCACAUCCUGCGGGAGAACCGACACCAUGACCGGACGGUCUACAUCCUCAAAGAGGCCUACGACAAUGGCUUGCCCUUCGUCCCCCAUGCCCUCUCGGCGGCCAUCAUCGACCGGGAGCGGAUUGCCCUUGGCACAGAGGAUGGUCUCUUUUUAAUUCAUCUCCGCACAAACGAUGUCCUGCAGGUGGGGGACUGCCGGCGGGUCCAGCUCCUUCUGGUCUCUCCCCAGGCGCAGCUGCUCACGGUGCUUUGCGGCAAAAAUCAUGGCGUCCGCAUCUUCUCCUGGGCAGAGCUGGAAACCCCGGAAGCCCCAGGGACCAAGCUGGUGGAGGCCAAGAACUGCCAAGCGGUGGCGGUGGGCCUCAUCUGCCGUGGGACCACCCCUGUGCUCUGCGUGGCCUGCAGACGCCAAGUCCUCUGCUUCCAGCUCGGGGCCACGCGCCCACCGCACCGGCGCAUCAAGGAGAUCCAGGCUCCAGGCUACGUGCAGUGCCUUGACGUCCUGGGGGACCGUCUCUGCGUCGGCUACCCCUCGGGCUUCUCCUUCUACCCUCUGCUCAAUGAGGGCCCCCCCGUGAACCUGCCCCACCCGGACGAUCCCCGAGCCGCAGCGGUGACCCAGAUGGAAGCUCUGAAGGCCGUGGAGGUCAGCCUGAGCGAGCUGGUCCUCUGCUUCAGCGGGUUCGGCCUCUACGUGGACGGGCAGGGGUGGCGGAGCCGCCCCCAGGAGCUGAUGUGGCCAGCACCCCCUCUCAGCUGCUGUUACAAUGUUCCGUAUCUGUCAGUAUUCAGUGAGAACGCAGUGGAUGUGUUUGAUAUCAGGAAAGCCGAGUGGAUUCAGAGUAUCUCUCUGAAAAAGGUCCGAGCCCUGAACCCUGAAGGUUCUCUUUGCACUUUUGGCAGCGAGAAGGUCCGCCUGACGUACCUCAGAAACAAGGCAGCAGACCAAGAUGAGUUUGAAAUCCCCCAGACAACAGAUAACAGCCGGCGGCAUCUCAUGAGGACGAGGCACAAGCGCCGCUUCUCCUUCCGGAUCUCCGAGGAGGAGCGGCAGCUCCAGAGGAGGGAGAUGAUGCGUGACCCCAGCCUCCGUUCCAAGCUCAUCUCUGCCCCAAGCAACUUCAACCACCUGGUCCACGUUGGGCCAAGCGAGCAGCACCCCAAACUGCAGGACCUCCACGUGGCCCAGGAAGAGAAGAGGCAGGAAGCGCAAGGACGGAUGCGUUGCAGCAGCUUUUCUGAGGCCCGCCGUCCCUUGUCCAUGGGCAGCGAUAGAACGGCGGCUUCUUUUUCAUCCACCUCCUCCUUGAAGCACAAAUCAGGCAGUUCCACGUCUGAGAACUCCUUCGCUUCCCGAUGGCACGUUUCUGGUGCCAGCACAGUGGCAAAGAUCUCUGAUCCAAGCCUUCCUCCAGGCCCCGGAAGCACGAGCUCCACAUGAUGGGCGGGACGCUUGGCUGAAGCCUCUUGACGGUUUGCUGCCAUGCUUGACCCAGAAGGAAACCUGCACCUCUCCGGGGCUGCUCAGACGCACCUGCUUAUUGCUGAAGAACGGGGCAGUGGCUGGCACAAAGCAAGGCGAAGGACCUUCCUCCAUCCCCCCCCGGCCGAGGGGUCUGGGAGGCGACAGCAGCACUACAGCCGGCAACCGUGUUUGGGGUUGGUGGCUGCCAAGCGGAGGCAAUCUUCUGACGUCCCCUCGCCCCACGGAGUGUGACUCCACUCGCAUCUCAGGGAAGCCUCAGCCCCCACCCCUUCAGCAGCUGCAGCAGCAGCACCUCUUACAGCCAGCGGCCGCUGCCCACCCUCUUCCCCUGGUGCCUUCCUCCCAACCCUCUCUCUGCCCCACCUGCCUCUCAGGAGCCUCAGGAUCUGCUUUCAGAUGAAACACUUUUAAAGACUCUGAAAGUUUACUUAAAAGAACAAACAAACAUGAAAAGCUAAACUGAUUCUUUUGCAAUGUUUUAAAAAGAAGACGAUAAAAAGCACACCAGCCAGGAGAUGUCGGGAGGACUAAACCGCCAAAAAAA